AUGGAUCGCCCGGAGGUGGAAGCCACAGCGGUGCGAAACCUCCCUGCCGCGAUCCGAUUUCCAGCCCGGGGGGGGGGGGGGAAGCCGGCGGCGGCGGCGGAAAAAAACGGGGGAAAACGCGCCAAAAAAAGCGAGCGGGUCGCGCCGCCGCUUCGCCUCUCCCCGGAGCCGCCCCCUCCCUCCCCGCCCGCCGGCUCUCGAAACGGCUCCGAUUCAGCCCGAGAAAGCAGCUGGCGCCGCGGGGCCAGGAGCCGCCUCGACACUCCUAUAGGGGCCCGGGCCGCCCCCCGCCCCGGCCCCUCCGCGCCCCUCCGGUACCAGCCGCGGCUCCCGGCAGCGCCCGCCACUUCCGCCUGCCCGCGCCGGAAGCGACGCCAUGGCAACCGCUCGGCCCCGCCCCCUCCCGCCGCCGCGGCGCCGUCCAAUCAGCGCGCCGGGGGAAACGGGGGGGGAGGAGGGGGUUCCCCGUCCUCCCCCGCGCGGCGGAAUGGUACAGUCCGAGCCAUGGAGCAGCCGCCCUCCUGCUUCCAGUCCUGCCUCGACUUCUGCCCCGAGUGCGGCUCGGUGCUGCCGCGGCCGGGCCCCCGGGACGCCGUGCGCUGCGCCCGCUGCGCCUUCGCCCUCGACGUCGCCGAUUUCGAGGGCAGAGCCGUUCGCGUCGCCGUCGAGUUCAACCGGCUCGAGUCGCGGGCGCCGCGGCCGUCCCAGCCCGCCCGCGGCCUCGACGGCCCCGUGGUGGAGCGGCGUUGCCCCCGCUGCGGCCACGACGGCAUGGUGUACCACACGCGCCAGACCCGCUCGGCCGACGAGGGCCAGACCGUCUUCUACACCUGCGCCCGCUGCGAGUUUCAGGAGAAGGAGGAUUCGUGACGGCGCUGGAGACGCUGCUUUUUGCCCCCCUCCCCGGGGCUUUUUGCGGGCAAUAAAAGCCCCCCCGGAGCGGUGA